AUGCGGUCGCAGCUACUUGGCAACGGCGCGACUCCUGGUGUCAACGCCGGCGGUGCUCGCGGCGGCGCGGGGCUGCCUGACAUGAGCUUCGGGGAAGAGGAUGCGAGCGAUAGAAAGGAGUUCGAGGACUUCUUGCAGAACCUGCAGAGCGACGAUUUGGAUCUCAGCGCGGAGAUGGGCGGCUUGGGCGCGCUGGACUUGGCCUCGCUAGAUGACCCCAGCCACGCGUACGCGCUGGGGGAUUUCGGCAAUGGCUGGGCCUCGCUGGACCCCUACUCCCCCCAGGUCAACAACCAGUCCACACAAGGCUCCUUCGGGGGCCUCUACGACCAGCCUCUGGCCCCCGCUACUAUGCCAGCUACGCCGGCCGGACGAGGCGUGUCGCUGCUGCCCCCUCGCCACCCGCGCGAGCAGCCCCCGACGCCCUCCCGCAAGCGCACGCACGUCGAGGCCAGCCCCGCGCUGUACCACUCGCGCGCGCUCUCGUGCCCGGACCUCGACGUGCACGGCGCCGACCCCGCGGCACUGCAGCACGUGCAGCCCGCGCAGUGGCAGCACGCGGCGGCGCAGCAGAGCGCCUCGUUCGCCGCGGGACCCGCGCAGCAGCAUGUGCACAUGCGCGUCUCGGAGAACGUGGGCGCCGCGUACCCGCACGCGGCCGCGAACGACGCGCAGGCCGCGCCCGGGGCGCCCACCGCGCCCGUCGUCGACGAACACGGCAACGUGCAGGCGUCCUGGGCGCAGUGGAUGGACCCGGGCAACUCCGGCUGGCUGCAGGGCGUGUCCGCGGUCUGGAACGGCAUCCGCGGCGGGCUCGGCCUCAGCAGCGCGGGCGAGAUGCCGGCCGCGCAGGGCGCGGUGCCCGCCCCCGAGCAGCAGCAGCCGCCCCCGAAGCGCCGGAACAGCCGGAGCGGCGCGGGGCGCUCGGACAGCGCGGGCUCGCAGGGCGGCCCCGCGCACAGCCACUCGAACAGCUUCCCGAGCCUGUACGCGGGGGUGCAAAACAUGCACCUCGCUGACUCAGGGACGACCACGCUGCCCAGCCCCGGGAGCGGCGCCGUCCUCGCGAACACGCCGCCGGGCAAGCAGCCCGCGUCCGGCUUCAGCGCCGGCGCGGAGCCAGCGAUGCCCAUCGGGGCGACCGAGCCGCCGCCGUCGGGCCGCCGCCGGCGCUCCGGGAGCCGCGGCGGCGGGCGGCUGUCGAACGCGUCGGACUGCGACGUGACGGCCACGGGCCGCAGCGCGAGCCUCACGUCGACCGAGAUCGCCCGCGCGGCCGCCGUCCCGCAGAACGGGGUGGUGAGCGCCGACCUGCAGCAGCUCUACCCCUCCCUCGCGCGCAAGUCCAAGGGCGGCCGGAAGUGCGCGCCGGACCCGCGCCUGGAUCCGAACAUCGACCCGAAGCGCGCCCAGCGCAUCCUGUCGAACCGCAUCGCCGCAGCGCGCUCCAAGGCACGCAAGAAGGAGGAGAAGGAGCGGCAGGCGCGGCAGGAGGCCGCCGCGAAGCAGGAGGCCGAGGCCGCGGAGCUGCGGUCGGAGCUCGCGCGCAUCAACGCCGCGCGGGAGGCCGCGGAGGCCGAGGACGCGAGCCUGCGGGCGCAGCUGUGGCAGCAGCACCAGGGGCGCGGGCUGGACAAGCGGUCGUGGGACGCCAUGCUGCAGCGCGUGGACUCGGACGCGCGGUACCUCCUCGAGGCGCAGAGCGAGCUCGACGGCCAGGGCAGCCUCGAGGGGGCCGCGUCGGUGCCGUCGGGGCUCCUGGCCUCGCAGACGGCGGCCCUGCGCGCGGGCUCCGCGGGGGCGGGCUGCAUGAAGGGCGCGGUGCCGGGCAUGCCGAAGCUGCAGCGCACGGCGCCUGUGCCACCGCCCAGCACUGCUGCGCCCCCGCAGCCUCUGCAGCUGGCCGCCAUGCCGGUGUCCGCGAUGCCGGUCUCGACCGGUGCGCCGGCGCAGGAUGUCGCCGGCUAUCCGGGCGGCACGGGCGCGGCGGCAGGGCUGAUGAUGGCGCCGCCCGGGGCAAUGCGGCCACCGUUGGCGGAUCCCGCCCCCGCGCAGCACGACCUGUCCGCGCUGCCCAUCUCGCAUCAGCCUGGACGGGCCGUGCGGUAG